AUGUCUGCCCAACAAUCCAACGAUGCCUUGUCGGUCGCCGACAAAUCAUUGCGUUCACACCUCAACCGGAUCAAACUGUUUCAAUCAGAUGGCCGGGUGGUGGUUGACUGGGCACAUGAAGUUGCCAAGCUAGUAAUACUCACCUCUCUCAAGUCACAAGCACUCCAGCAACAUGGCAGGAAUGCGUUGGUCGUUCCGCCGUUGCUGCUCUCUGCAGCCGCCGAGGUUCGGGCGACAAUGAACAUCGGUCAGGUCCCCCAAUGGGAAUGUGUGCGGGUGGAUGAUUCCUGCAUGGAAUCACACCCCUUCUUCCCCAAGACACAAGGGCUUGCUGCACCUGCACUGGCGCCAGUGCCAACCCCACUCCCAGUCCCAGUCCCAGUCCUGCCCCCAGCUCCCAAGGUGAUGUCAGUCCCACCGAUCAACUCACUUCCCGUCGAGGCUGCCAAGCUGACAGCCGAUAAGGGGAAGCAGCUGGUUCGGGGGACUCAGCGAGCCAGGGAGGAUGAGUCUGGUGAGUCGGGCGAUGUCUCACGCAAGAAGCAUAGGAUCGUGUCGAAGGCCAUCAUCUCUGACACUGAAGAUGAUGAUGGCCAGCCGGGCGGGACCAUCAUCGUGGUAAAGCCAUCUAAGGUGGCGGUGCCUCAGACUCCAGCCCCAGCCAAGAAGGUGAAGCAGGCCGACACCAAGGAGCGCAUUGGCCGACCGACGCCGAAGGGUAAGGGAAAGGAGAAGGAACGGGCUGUGACGAUCGCCGAGGGUGAUGUGUAUGAUCCACCAUGUAAGAGGUGUUCUGCCCAGUUCGAAUGUCUCGCUGCCCUUGGUCGCAAGGGCCAAAUCACCAAGUCCUGUGCCAGGUGCUAUGAGAUGAAGGUGAAGUGUGACCGACUGGUACCUAACAAGCUUCCACAAAUGGCCGAGCCGGUGCGGUCAUCACGUCCUCGGUCAAAGGCCCCACUCGCCUCCACAUCCAAACCGCAGCCCAGGGCGACAAGGGCGGCCUCCCAUGCACGUCUACCACCACCUGUGGUAGAAUCUGAGGACGCCAUGGAUGAUGAGGAUGUCGCUGUCGAGGCUGAUGAAGACGUCACCAUGUCUCAUGCAGCCGAUACCGAGCAGAAGACUGAUGUCGCUGCGGUGAUGCCAAGUGAGACCGUCGAUCGGCCGGCAGCCAUGGCGUCGGCGAAAGACUUUCCUGCUGACCAUUGGCAGGAGGUCACUGACGACACCCCCAUCCUACCACCACCACCACCACCUGCUCCUGCGGCCAAACCCACCACCUCGUCAGCCAAACCGACUAUCCACGAUCGUGUGGUCUCUCUGGCGGUUAGAGUCACUGCCAUGGAAAUGGCCGACCGCAACACCCUCGCUAGGGUGAAUGCGAUGGAGCAUGACUUCGACUCCCGCAUCUCCUCUAUGCGGGCCGAGUUUUCCGACGUCCAACUGAGCUUCAAUGCCAUGGUGGAUGUGGUAAAUGGUCUUGCCAACAUGGUAAAGAAAAUGAGGCAGGAACACUCGGUCCUGAACACAUCCUUCCCACCACCAGCGAUUGGCCCGACCGGUGCUUCCACGGCCACAGACAUGGGCAUCAGAUACUUGACUGGUGUGUUCGGCCCUUCGGUUGCUCCCAAUGCUGAUUCUGUUGCCGUCGGUCAACCCUCAGCAUCUCGCCCAUUCGGUCGCCCUGAUGUGCAAGGCAGGACAUUCACCAGUGGGCAACCAUCAUCUGAGUUGGUGCAGGCCAGUCCUUCAUCUGCUCCCCCCAUCCAAUGUGAUUUGAGUGUUUCAUGCCCUGCUUCUACUACUUCCUCCCUCCCUUGA